GGAGCGCUCCUAUUUGAGUACGCGUGCGCUCAAAGCACCGGCGAAGGAGGCAAGGCCUAUUUGCCGGGCUGUCCCAGCUAGGGGUGGCCAGGACCUGAAAGGAGGAGAGGGGUUUCCGCUUCCGGCAGGAGUCGGAAGUCACUGUCUCCCGGGUGAAGGGAGCUUUCGCAGCUAGAGAAGGCUCAUCCACCUGCAGACAUGGGGCGCAGAAAGUCCAAACGAAAGCCACCUCCCAAGAAGAAGAUGACGGGCACCCUUGAGACCCAGUUCACCUGCCCCUUCUGCAACCACGAGAAAUCCUGCGAUGUGAAAAUGGACCGUGCCCGCAACACCGGAGUCAUCUCUUGUACUGUGUGCCUAGAGGAAUUCCAGACGCCCAUAACGUAUCUGUCAGAACCCGUGGAUGUGUACAGUGAUUGGAUAGACGCCUGCGAGGCAGCCAAUCAGUAGCAACACAGAGGACCCACCCCCUGAGCAGCCCCGCCUACUGUGGACCCAGCUGUUCGGUUCUGGUCCAGAGACAUUCCAGGGGUCCAGGGUGUGGGUCCUGGGCUGUCACAGCCCUCUGUGUGCGUGUGUAGAGUGGGCGUGGGUGUGAGUGGGUGUGUGUGCCAGUGUGGAGUGGAUGUGGGUGUGUGUGUGGCUGCACGUGUCACUGGGGUGGCCGUGAGUGUGUGUUCAUAGAUACGCAGUGGUGGCGGGUUCCUGGGCCUGAGGGGCCUGAACUGACCUCUCUUGGCUCCAAAAGCCUUUGCUGUGUUCCCUUCUUCAGCCCCUGGCCCCCCAGCUUUGGGGCUCUGGCUCCCCCCCCGGUGGAAGUGGGGGGCUGUUUCCUGAUAUCCUGAACAAGGGAAGCCCAGUAGAGGCUGGAACUGGACCUCUCCAGCCUCCUCACCAGCACCGUGCCCAUCUCAACUGGACUUCCCGCCCUCCUUCUCCACCUUCUAGUGCCCGUGGCCUGGGAUUCAAAGCCACCGUUCCCCAGGUCCCUGGGCUGGGCCCUGACAGGGAGCCGCCCCCCUCCCCAUGCUAACAAGGAAGCCCAGUUUUGUGUUCAGUUGCUUUUGUAGAGGAAGCAAGGGCUGGGGUGGGGACAGCUGUCAAUCACAAGCCCUUACAUAAAGCAGCCAGCGCACAUC